GAGCGAGUGGGCGGGGCCGCGUGGCGUCAGCGCAAGAUGGCGGCCUCGGCGGCGCUGCUCCUGCGCUUGCGGAGCGGGCUCCGGCCCGGCGCGCGGGGGCUGUGCGCUAGGCUGGCGACGCCACCUCCCCGGGCUUCGGGCCAGGCUGCAGAGAUCGGGAUCCGUGCGAGCACAAAGGCCCAGGCCCAGGGGCCACAGCAGCAGCGGGGCACGGAGGGUGCCAGCUAUGCCAAAAAAGUUGCCCUCUGGCUUGCUGGGCUGCUCGGUGCUGGUGGAACCGUGAGCGUCGUCUAUAUCUUCGGAAACAACUCUGUGGAUGAAACUGGUGCCAAGAUUCCCGAUGAAUUCGACAAUGAUCCAAUUCUCGUACAGCAGUUGCGCCGGACGUACAAAUAUUUCAAAGAUUAUAGACAGAUGAUCAUCGAGCCCACCAGCCCCUGCCUUCUCCCAGACCCUCUGCGGGAGCCGUACUACCAGCCGCCCUACACGCUGGUCUUGGAGCUCACAGGCGUCCUCCUGCACCCUGAGUGGUCGCUGGCCACGGGCUGGAGGUUUAAGAAGCGUCCAGGCAUCGAGACCCUGUUUCAGCAGCUGGCCCCCUUGUAUGAAAUCGUCAUCUUCACGUCGGAGACGGGCAUGACCGCGUUUCCACUCAUCGACAGCGUGGACCCCCACGGCUUCAUCUCCUACCGCCUGUUCCGGGAUGCCACGCGAUACAUGGAUGGGCACCAUGUUAAGGACAUUUCCUGUCUGAAUCGGGACCCAGCCCGCGUCGUCGUCGUGGACUGCAAGAAGGAAGCCUUCCGCCUGCAGCCCUACAAUGGUGUCGCCCUGCGGCCCUGGGACGGCAACUCCGACGACCGGGUCUUGUUGGACCUGUCUGCCUUCCUCAAGACCAUUGCACUGAACAGCGUGGAGGAUGUCCGGACCGUGCUGGAGCACUACGCCCUGGAGGACGACCCGCUGGAGGCUUUCAAACAGCGGCAGAGCCGGCUAGAGCAGGAGGAGCAGCAGCGCCUGGCCGAGCUCUCCCAAUCCAGCAAGCAGAACCUCUUCUUCAGCUCUCUCACCAGCCGCUUGUGGCCUCGGUCCAAACAGCCCUGACCUCUGGGCCUCCUCAAACUCAGUAUGCGGGUCCUGGACCCCAGGCCCCAGUGCUCCCUGACCACGGCUUGGGCAGCCACAUGUCCAAUAAAGUCCAUCCCAGACGCCACA